CAAAUCGUUCCAAAGUUAUUGAUAAUGGUUCAAACAAGAAUUGAAACAGAUGCCUUUGGCGAAAUUGUAAGUUUUAAUUUGAAAUAUUAAGAAACUAAGAAAUUAAAAGAAAGAAAAUUGGAUUGUUUAUUAACGUGAUAAUUUAUUUUUUUUUUUCUAUUUUAUUUCAGAAAGUCGAUGCCUCGAAAUAUUGGGGAGCUCAAACCCAAAGAUCAUUGCAAAAUUUUGCAAUUGGAGGAACCACCGAAAGAUUACCAGAGCCAUUAAUUAUAUCAUUUGGUAUUCUUAAAAAAGCAGCAGCUAUAAUUAAUAUGAGAUAUGGGCUAGAUCCUAAAAUUGGAAACGCAAUAAUUCAAGCAGCAGAUGAAAUCAUUAAUGAAAAAUUGAAUGAUCAAUUUCCAUUAGUUGUAUUUCAAACUGGAUCUGGAACCCAAUCAAAUAUGAACUGUAACGAAGUUAUUAGUAAUAGAGCAAUUGAGAUCUUGGGAGGCCAAAGAGGAUCAAAGACUUCAGUUCAUCCUAAUGAUCACGUCAAUAUGUCGCAAUCAUCGAAUGAUACAUUCCCAACAGUUAUGCAUAUUGCAGCUGUUUUAGAGAUUAGUAAUAAAUUACUACCAUCACUAACUAAAUUAAGAGACUCGUUAAAGAGUAAAAGUGAAGAGUUUAGUAAAAUCAUUAAAAUUGGUAGAACACAUUUACAAGAUGCUACACCAUUGACGUUGGGACAAGAAUUUUCCGGCUAUGUUCAACAACUAAAUUUUGGAAUAGAAAGAGUUAAAGAGACGUUACCAAGGCUAAGUAAUUUAGCGCAGGGAGGAACUGCAGUUGGAACAGGAUUAAAUACAAGAAAAGGAUUUGAUGUCGCGAUUGCUGAACAAGUAUCGAAGAUAACUGGACUUUGCUUCAAAACAGCACCAAAUAAGUUUGAAGCACUAGCUGCUCAUGAUGCAUUGGUUGAAGCAUCAGGAGCGUUAAAUACGUUGGCAUGUUCAUUGUUUAAGAUAGCCCAGGAUAUUAGAUAUUUGGGGUCGGGACCUAGAUGUGGAUAUGGAGAGUUGAUAUUACCAGAGAAUGAGCCAGGGUCUUCAAUAAUGCCAGGAAAGGUGAAUCCAACACAAUGCGAAGCAAUGACCAUGGUUUGUGCACAGGUAUUUGGCAAUCACAAUACAAUAACGUUUUGUGGUGCUUCAGGGCAGUUUGAGUUGAAUGUAUUCAAGCCUGUGAUGGCAAAGAAUUUGUUGAAAUCGAUUCGGUUGAUUAGCGAUUGUUGCAAUUCAUUCAGAGUGCAUUGUAUUGAUGGCAUCAAAGCGAACGAAAAGAAGAUUAGCAAGUUGUUACAUGAGUCGUUAAUGUUGGUUACAGCAUUGAAUCCCAAGAUUGGAUAUGAUAUGGCAUCAAAGGUGGCAAAGAAUGCUCACAAGAAGGGAAUAACGUUGAAGGAAAGCGCAUUAGAGUUGAAAGCGUUAAGUGAAGAAGAGUUUGAUGAAUGGGUUAGGCCAGAGAAGAUGAUUGGGCCAAAGUUAUGAAGAUAUAAUAAAAAAAA